AUGUUUUCUUUACUUCUGUAUUUUAACUUGAGACAAAUAUCUUUCGAAAAUAGCGUCUCUAUCUCUACGAGGUCUUGGGAUACUGUGUGGAAAGGUACAUUGGACAGGCUAUUAGCAUCAAAAUUUAGUGUGAUAGCACAAGAUGUUAACAAAGUUGAAGUUUCUUUCAAAAAAUUAUAUAAUCCUAAAAAUCGUGGUGAUCUUCCUCUAAAUGUUGACAAAAGGUAUGUGGUGCUACGUGGGAGUUCAGGAUUUUAUUCAUAUGGAAUAUUUGAACAUUUAAAAGGAUGGACAUAUCUAAAUAUGGAGGAAGCUAGAAUUGCAUUUAAGCUCAAUAAAUCAUUGUUUCAUUUUAUGGCAAUAGCUGAUGAUAGGCAAAGGUUAAUGCCAACAGAAGAGGAUCAUGCAAAUGGCCAAAAACUUGCUUAUGUAGAAGCUGUUAAACUUAAAAAUCCAUCCAGCCCUAAAUUCGAAGGAGAGGUUGAUGACAAGUACCAAUAUUCAGAUGAAAUGAGAAAUAUUAAAGUACAUGGUUGGAUAAGUGAUAAACCACACAUGGGGUUUUGGGUAAUUUCACCAAGUUAUGAAUAUUGCAAUGGUGGACCUUUGAAGCAAGAUCUUACAUCUCAUGUUGGUCCAACAUCAUUGGCUAUAUUUUUCAGUAAACAUUAUGCAGGGCCAGAAUUACAAGUUACAUUAAGAAAUGGAGAGGCAUGGACUAAGGUUUUUGGACCUGUAUUUUUCUAUGUUAAUUCAGAUUCUAGCAAAGAUCAUAGCAUACUUUGGAAAGAUGCUAAAAGACAGAUGAAUGAAGAAACGAAAAAAUGGCCCUAUGAUUUUCCUGCAUCACCAGAAUAUCUUCAUGCAAAUCAACGUGGCUCAGUUAGUGGUCAAUUAUUGGUUCAUGAUUGGUACAUAAACAAAAAUGCUUUUCCCGCAAAAAGUGCAUAUAUUGGACUUGCCAACCGUGGAGAUGUUGGCUCUUGGCAAACUGAUAGCAAGGGUUAUCAAUUUUGGACUCAAACUGAUAAAUUUGGUAAUUUCAAGAUAAAUAAUGUUAGACCUGGAAUUUAUGGAUUAUAUUCUUGGGUUCCUGGAGUUCUGGGAGAAUACAAAUACCCUUCUAAUGUGGCGAUCAAACCAGAUUUGGGUAAAAUUAUUUUUGAAGCAAUAAGAAAUGGUCCAACUUUAUGGGAAAUUGGAUUUCCAGAUAGAAGUGCUGCUGAAUUUUUUAUACCUGAUCCAUUGCCUGGUUUUGAAAAUCAUUUGUACACUAACACUACUGACAGAUUUAGACAAUAUGGUUUAUGGGAUCGUUACAAUGAUUUAUAUCCUAAAGGAGACUUAAUAUACAAAGUUGGUGUCAGUGAUUUUCGAAAAGAUUGGUUCUUUGCCCAUGCAAUCAGGAAAAAUAAGGACAACAGUUUUUCACCAACAACAUGGCAAAUUUUAUUUAAUCUUAAAAAUGUGAAUAAUAAGGGAACUUAUCAUCUUCAUAUAGCUUUGGCUUCUGCAGCUUAUGCCCAUUUACAGGUGUGGAUAAAUACUCCAUCAAAACCAAGGCCAUGGUUUGAUUCAUCAAAAAUUGGGAAUAGUAAUGCAAUAGCAAGACAUGGAAUUCAUGGAUUAUAUACACUUUUCAAUAUUGAAUUUCCAGGGACACAACUUCAUGUUGGUGAAAAUAUAAUUUAUUUGAAGCAAGCAUCAAUUGAUACCCCUUUCAAUGGAUUCAUGUAUGAUUAUAUUCGUCUCGAAGGUCCUUCACGACGAUAGAAAAAGGGGAAUUUUGAUGUAUACUUUAAUAUAU